AUGAAUCAAGAAAAGCAAGACAUCAUCACGCAGGAGUCUGCUAAAGAGCAGAAUGCCCCUGGUCAAGCAUGGAUGUACCGAGCUUUGUCUAUUGAAACCGGCGGAAUUGAGCGCAUCACCGAUGAUGACCGUCAGGACAACACCACGCGGUUUUGGAACGCUGCUACAUUUUGGUUCAGUGCCAACAUGGCCGUCGCUACCCUUAACAUUGGCGCACUGGGUGGCUCAUAUGGCCUCGGGUUCUGGGAAAGCUUCAUUGUCAUACUCUUGGUGAAUCUCAUCGGAGACAUACUUCCCGCCUGGACAGCGACCUUUGGCCUAAGUGGCCUUCGAAUGACGACUUUCUCUCGAUACUCCUUCGGCCACUGGGGAAACUUAAUUGUCGUGAUCUUCUCCAUGAUCUCCACCACAGGCUGGAACGCGAUCAACGCCAUUUCCGGCGCCUCGGUCCUCAGUGCUCUAUCGAACGGGAAGUUCCCCACCUGGGCCGGGGUGAUUGUCAUCUGCACCGUCGUCUACAUAAUUUGCGUCCUCGGUAUCCACUGGAUUCAUCGGCUCGAUACGUUUCUUUGGAUUCCCUUUUUGGUGGUCUGGUGCGUCGCAGCGGGGACUGGGGCUUCGCAUUUCACCACUGCCGUGCCCCACGGAAAUGAGUAUAGCAGCUCCGACAAAGCUGCGUCAGUUCUGACAUAUAUGGCGACCAUAUUUUCCUUUCCCAUCUCCUGGAUCAACUGCGCAGCAGACUACAACGUCCGCAUGCCUGCGGGUACUCCCCGCUGGAAGAUCUUCUCGGCGACCUAUGUGGGCAUCUUUGUGCCCACAGUCCUUGUACAGACGCUCGGGCUGCCCUCAUGGAAGGCGGCGUAUGAGGACUCUUCAAUCGGAGGGCUACUAGGGAUGGCAUUAUCCCCAGCGGGGGGAUUCGGUAAAUUCCUCAUGGUGUUGGCUGGCUUAAGUGCAGUUCCGAACAACAUCCCCAACAACUACUCCUUUGCCCUACACGCCCAAAACCUCACCCCACGGGCCGCUAGAGUCCCCCGCAUCGUCUGGAUCACCUUCGGCUUUGUCGUCAGUCUCAUUAUUGGCUGCUGCGCAGCUGAAUACUUCAAAGACGUUCUGCAGACCUUCUUCAGUGUCAUCGGCUACUGGACCAUAAUCCACGUGACGGUCGUGCUCGAAGAACACGUUGUUUACCGUCGCGGCUGGAAGGGAUAUAACCUCGAUGCAUGGAACGACCCCACCCAGUUGCCAUUCGGGUGGGCUGCAAUUGGCGCCUUUGCCGGGGGAGUGGUGGGCGCUGUGUUGGGAAUGAAGGUAGCGUGGUAUGUUGGACCGGUUGCAGCUUUGAUUGGGAAAUCGGGGGCGAAUAUAGGCCAGGCGAUGACGCUGGGGAUUUCAGGGGUGUUGUUUUUGUGCUUGAGGGGGAUGGAGAGGCGGUAUUGUGGGCGGUAA